CACCGGCACGCAGCGUAGCGUCCUAAACUUAGGUUCUGUUUGUUAGGGAGCAAUAGCCACCCGACUUUCCUCCACCGACGCUUCUUUCUUGUUUUUCUCUCUUUUUCUUUUUCACGUACUAACCAGAACAACCUCAUUUCUAACGUCUCUCUUUCUCUCUCGCUUUUAUAUGGAAUCUGACUUUUGAUUUAGGGUUAGGGUUUGGGUAUUGACAAGCACAUUGCUCACAAUCCUCGUCAUGUACUUUAAGGACAAGCUUUCUCGUUUUUGGGACGAUUCUUCGUCUUCUCCGUCUCAGGCCAGGCCUAGUUCUAAGGGAGGAAGAUCGUUGUCCUCAUUGCUUUCCUUUGUUCUACCCUCGGCAAGGUUUGAUGGAUUCAGAUCAAACAAGCAUCAACCUGAUAUUAGACCGAUUAGAUCACUUCCUGUUAGAUGGAGUGGUAAAAAUGUAAGGCAUGAUCCAUUGGCUAGCCCUGCAGAUUAUAGUCCAGUUAGUGAGAAAAAAGGAAAUGGUGAGUCAAUGUACAAGAACAAAGGAACACUUGAUGCUCCUGAAGAAGAUGAAGACCAUGGUUCUGGAAGAAGCACUAGUAGUUCUGACGUGUUUGAAGAAGCAACUGAGUUACAUAGUUCAGAAAAUCCUGCACCCAAUCUCACAGACAACUCUUCAUUUAUCUCCUCAGAUUUAUAUGAGUUCUUGUUAUCAUCCCUUCCUAAUAUAGUUAAAGGGUGCCAAUGGGUGCUGCUGUACAGUACGUUGAAACAUGGUAUAUCACUCCGCACACUUAUUCGUAAGAGUGCUGACCUUUCUGGUCCUUGUUUGCUGAUUGUCGGAGACAUGCAAGGUGCUGUGUUUGGGGGCCUGCUCGAGUGCCCCUUGAAGCCUACUGCAAAAAGAAAAUAUCAAGGAACAAACCAAGCAUUUGUAUUCACGACCAUAUAUGGUGAACCAAGAUUAUUUAGACCCACGGGUGCCAACCGAUACUUUUAUUUGUGUUUGAAUGACUUGCUAGCACUUGGUGGGGGUGGGAACUUUGCUUUGUGCUUGGACGAAGAUUUGUUAAGUGGAACCAGUGGACCCUGUGAAACAUUUGGGAAUUUAUGCUUGGCUCAUAAUCCAGAAUUUGAAUUGAAGAAUGUAGAGCUAUGGGGUUUCACACAUUCAUCACAAUACCUGCUCUGACACAAGAUUAAGACGGUGUUUUCUUCCCAAGUUGUAUCUCUGAAAAUACUUAUGGUCCUAUUCUUUAUUCUUUUCCUGUCCAGCUGCCCUCCGUUUUGGUACAGGAGGGCUCUGAUUAUACAUGUCAUGACUUACCAACCACCCCCAGGCUCCCAAUUUGUAUGAUCCAUGUAUGUCAUAGCGUGUUGUCCAUUUGAAGUUUGGGCUGUUUUAUGGGCCAUGUGGCAGUUGAAUGUUUGGAAAAGAGAAAGAUGAGGAAAGUCAGACAUUGAGUUGUUAACACAUUACUUAAUGUUUAUGUAUUGAUGUAUCUCUAUUCUUUCAAUAUAAUAUAAGAUCCAUGGUAAUAUAUACCUUAA